CCAGAGGCUUCCAGGCAUGGAGUCACAGCUCCUUGAUUCAAUCAAAACAAUAUCUACUGCUGAUAUCAUCAGUGCUCAUGUUCAUCCCACAGUGGGUUUUGAGGAAACCCUAAAUCUUGGAAAAAAGGACAUUAUUUUUCUUGUUGAUGGCUCAGACAAUACAGGACCUUCUGGCAUUGCUCAUAUCCGUGACUUCAUCCUCAGCAUUGUACAACGGCUCGACGUGCAGCCUGAUCAAGUGCGUGUGGCUGUUGUCCAAUAUGCAGACAGGUUUAAAACAGACUUCUCACUCAAGUCACACAAUAACAAGGCAGCUGUUAUCUCUGCUAUCAAAAGGCUUCGUCAGAUGGGUGGCCGGUCAUCACAUCUGGCUGACGCCAUUAACUAUGUUACAGAGAAUGAGUUAAAGCCCUCUGCUGGUGCUCGUCCAACUGAGGCCUCCCAGCAUCUUGUGGUUCUCACAGGUGGACGUUCAGCCCAAGAUGUUUCCAUCUAUGGCCCUUUGCUUAAGGGCUCCGGGGUAAACUGUAUUGGUAUUGGAACUAGUGGUGCUGACAUGAGGCAGCUAGCCCUAAUUGCCACCACCCCAGAUGAUGUCCUUCAGGUUCCUACAUUCCCUGGCCUGCCAUUAGUCCAAGAGAUGACUAUUGCAAGGUUGAGUGGGAGAAUUGUGGUACCAACCCAAGAGCCUAUAGAGACACUUCAACCUAAAAAAGCUGACAUAGUGUUUUUGGUGGAUGACUCCAUUAACGUGGGCCAAGAUGACUUUAAAAAAGUGAUGGAAUUUAUCACAAAUCUGAUUGACCUGUUCUUCAAUGAGAAAGACAACCUGCGGAUUGGCCUGGCACAUUAUGCUGCAGAUGUGACUGAUGCCUUCUAUCUUAACACACACAAAAACAAGCAAGACAUUAUAGAUGCCAUAGACAAAGUACAGUACAAAGGUGGACGUAAAAUCAAUACUGGGGCAGCCAUUCAACACAUUCAAGAUAUUCACUUCACCAAAGAAAAAGGCAGUAGGAUUGAUGAGGGCACGCCACAGAUUCUAAUGGUUGUCACUGGAGGACGGUCAGCUGAUGACAGCAAAACAGCAGCUCUUGGUCUGAAGAACAAAGGAGUGAGAGUCUUUGCUAUAGGAGUGGGCGACACUGGGGAUGAAUUAGAAAACCUAGCAAGUGAAGCAACAACUGUGGCUCGUGCGAGUACCUUUCAAGGACUUUCAGAGCUCAAUGAGCAAAUCCUGGAGACCUUGGAUGAUGAAGUGAAGGGGAGGCUGUGUCUUACUGUGGAAGAAGCUCCUAAAUCCUGCAGUAUAGAGGUGCUGGUGGGCUUUGAUGUUUCUGCCCAGAACAUCUUCAGUGCUCAGACCAACCUCCAGAGGAAGAUGGGUGCCAUUCUGCAGAGAAUUUCCAAAAUGGCAGCUAUCAGUUGCUCAUCUGGGCAGAUUCCCUCUGUGCAAGUGGGCAUGCUGGCCAUGGACUCUGCCUCUAACGCUGCCCAUCUGGACUUCACAGACCACAUCAAUGAACUCUUUGAUACCUUCAGAGCCCUGCAAAAUCGUGGCCCUUUUGUUCUCAAUGGCAAGACCAUCUCAGCUUACAUCGAUAGGUUCAAAGCCAGACAGGACAAUGUUGUCAAGAUUGUUAUUCAUCUGACUGAUGGUAUUGAUGCCCCAUAUGCUGAAAUGAAAAAGCGAAUUGAAGGGCUCCGACUGUCAGGAGUGAACAGUUUCAUCCUGGUCGGGCUGGAGCGGGUGCCCAAAUUUGAGGAGGCUUCGCUAUUGGAAUUUGGUCGUGGCUUUAGAUACACCAGACCCUUACGUAUCAAUAUCAUGGACCUGGACUAUGAGCUUGUGGAAGAACUGGACAAUAUUGCAGAAAGAGAGUGCUGUGCAGUGCCAUGCAAAUGUACUGGCACCAGAGGAGACCGAGGAGCAGUUGGACUUCCAGGGUUUAAGUGUUCCUAUUACCAUAUAUCUGGAGAUGAGGGUGGACCUGGAGAGAGAGGUCCUCCUGGUGUGAAUGGAACUCAGGGUUUCCAGGGAUGCCCAGGACAGAGAGGUUUCAAGGGUUCUCGUGGGUACUCAGGAGAAAAGGGUGAUGUUGGAGAAAUUGGCCUUGAUGGCAUUAAUGGAGAAGAGGGCAAAAGUGGAGUGAGUGGGCCCCCAGGAGACAGAGGAAACCCUGGCAGAAGAGGUCCCAAAGGUGUCAAAGGACAAGCUGGAGACAGAGGAGAAAUUGGUAUCAGAGGAGACCCUGGUACAAGUGGAAAUGAUAAUAACCAAGCAGGACCUAAAGGAGACCCUGGUGAUGCCGGGCCAGCGGGAGAGCCUGGUGAGGAUGGAAAUAAGGGAGGCCCCGGUGAACCUGGAAGAGGGGGAGCUGAUGGCAGAAGAGGCGCACCUGGACAGGCUGGAAUUCCUGGAAAGCCAGGAGCUGAUGGUGUACCGGGAGAGCCUGGUGUUGGAGGGUCUAGAGGUCCACCUGGACCGAUUGGGGCCCCAGGACCCAGAGGAGAAGAUGGAAACCCUGGACCAAGGGGUCGUGGAGGUGCCCCAGGUCCUGCUGGAGAAACGGGUAGAAGAGGAGCUCUUGGUCGCAAGGGAGAGCCAGGAGAACCAGGGCCUAAGGGUGUUGUUGGACCACUUGGCCCCCGUGGAGAGCCUGGUGAAGAUGGUAGAGAUGGGUUUGGUGUUCCAGGGCUCAAUGGAAGAAAGGGUGAUGAAGGUUUCCCAGGAUUCCCAGGACCAAAGGGAGCAGCUGGUGAUGCUGGAGCCAAGGGGGGACCUGGUCCCAGAGGAAAUCGUGGACAGAGGGGUGUGUCUGGUGCCAACGGUACACCUGGACAGAAGGGAGAAGUUGGAUAUCCUGGGCCAUAUGGACAGAAAGGGCCAAGAGGACCAGGUGUUGUGCAAUGUGACCUGGUCAAGAAGAUCAGAGAAAACUGUCCUUGCUGUUUUGGUCAGCAGGAGUGCCCUCUCUACCCCACUGAGCUGGCCUUUGCCAUGGAUGCCUCUCAGACUGCAGGCUUCAACAACAUGCGUGACACAGUCAUGCAGCUAGUCAGAGACAUCACCAUUGCUGAGAGCAACUGUCCAAGAGGAGCUCGUGUUGCUUUAACCAUGUACAACACUGAUGUGAUCACUGCAGUCCGGUUCGCUGAUGCACAAAAGAAACGUACUCUGCUGCAGAUCAUUGAGGGACUGCAAGCCCCGCAAACAAGGAAGCCACGCAGUUUGAGUACAGCCAUGAGCUUUGUGGCACAGAAUACCUUUAAGAGGGUGCGCAGUGGCUUCCUCAUGAGGAAGGUGGCCAUCUUCUUUGUUGGUGGGGAUGCAGGACCGGCACAGGCAAUUACUAAUGCAGCUCUCCGCCUCCAUGAUGCUGGAAUCGCCACUCUGCUCUUGGUCAACCGUGAGGACAGAGCACUUAGCAGAGCACUGCAGUUCAACACCACAACACUUGGACAGGUAAUUGUCCUUCCCAGCCCUGGGAGUGCACAGUACAAUUCAGUCAUCGCAAAGAUUAUGAAAUGCCAUGUCUGCCUAGACAUCUGCGAUCCAGACCAAAUGUGUGACUAUGUGCCCCCAUCGACCAGCCGAGGCAGGAGGUCUCCUACAACGGAUGUGGACAUCGACAUGGCUUUCAUCUUGGAGAGCUCAGAGUCUACCUACCCCACUGUCUUUACAGAGAUUAAACACUACAUAGCGCACAUAGUAGAACACCUACAAGUUUCUUCGAAUCCCACAUCAUCCAUUCAUCAUGCCAGAGUGUCUGUGAUCCAGCAAGCACCUUAUGAGUUCCUCCAUAACAAAACAGGCUCUCCCAUCCAUGUGGAUAUCGGCUUGACUGAGCAACAUUCAGCUCAGGAUAUUGUCAAAUUCCUGCUAGAGAAGACACCACAAUUAGAGGGUGGCCGGGCGCUGGCAGCUGCUAUAGAGUCCACAGUGGAGCAGGUGUUUGAGAAGGCACCUCACCAACGUGACAGGAAGGUACUGAUGCUCUUUGUGACAGGAAGUGUGGAAGCAGAAGAACAGCAGUUGGUGCACAUUGCCACUGAGGUCAAGUGCAGUGGCUAUUUCCUGGUCAUCCUGGGUGUGGGUGAGAAGUUGACUGCUGGAGAUGCUCGUGUCUUGUCACGCAUGGCUAGUGAGCCCUCAGAUGUCUUCUUCAAGAGGCUGAACAGCAUCUCACAAUUUUAUGACAAAUACAUCCAGACCUUCGGCCAGCUGCUGCCAAAGUAUAUCAGCAUUGAAAAUGCUUUCUACAUGUCCCCUGAAGUCUCCAAAAACUGCAAGUGGUUCCAGAGAGAUGAUCCACUAAAAAACCCCUUCACGUCAUCACAGCAACAGGAGAAACAUCAGAAGCAUCAUGAGACUCACCAAGCAGUUGUUCAUCAGAGAAAGCACAAAGAUGAAGAUGAGCUACACGUCUCUAACGUCACCUCCAACAGCUUGAAAUUGCAUUGGAGAAGCCCAGAUCCCAAGCUCUUUGUCUACUUUGAGGUCGUAGUGACACGGUUGCACGACCAUGCCCUGAUGCUGAAGACCAACGUGUCAGGCACUGAGCUUUCUGUAGACAAUUUAGAAAGUGCUCAAACAUAUCAUGCUGUGGUCAACGCCCACACAGCAGAGGGGCAAAUCAUCUCCACCCGCAAAGGCAUCAUCACUACCAAAGCAGCAGAGCAUCACCCAGCCAGCCCAGGGACCAUUACUGUAAACACCACACCACUGGACAAACCAGAAACUGUUAAUGAAUUUGCAGACCCAUGUUCACUUGACUAUGACCCUGGAAUGCCGUGCAAAGACUAUCAGGCUAAGUGGUUCUUUGACACAAAGAACGGGAUCUGUACACAGUUCUGGUAUGGAGGUUGUGGAGGCAAUGAAAAUAGGUUCGACACUGAGACCCUCUGCUUGAAAAACUGCAUGAGGUCAGUGCCAGAGCCUGAGCCAAAAGUGCAGCAGGUUGAACAGGUGGAGACCCUCCUGGCUCCUGCGGCUUCUACAGCCAUGGACAUUUGCCAGCUUCCCAAAGAGGAAGGUACUUGUACCAAAUUUGUCAUCAAGUGGCACUAUGAUGCCCCCAGAAAGAGCUGCACACGUUUCUGGUAUGGAGGCUGUGAUGGAAACCAGAAUCGCUUUGACACACAGGAGCAGUGUGAGAAGGCUUGUGCUAAACCAGUGCCAGUCAACCAGGGAGUCAGUGCUGCAGUAACGACAUAGGAUAAAAGUGACAAACAUGGCCAGCUUUUACCUCUGUUUAGGGGAUUCUGAGGAGAACCAUCCAAAAUGGCCAUACUGAGAGGAUGCAAUACCAAAGCAAUGGUGGCUGCACUGGAUCCCACAAAAUGGACUUUAUCCCCAAAAUUCUUGAAGUAGUCUUUUUCACACCAAGAAGGAAGGCAACCCAAUUUGCUGCAUGAUUUGUUUUAACAUACCGGUGCUACAUAGUAUGUGUGUUUUAUAGCUGGAGUUGUGCAUUCAGUUUUGUAAAGUCAAGUUUUCUGGAACAUCAUAUGAAUGAUCACAUUUUUUAGGAUGCAGUUUUAUAAUUAUACAAGAAGCAUAUAUGAAUAUCUUGGACAGAGGUUAGCAAUGAAUCAGUACACACAGGACUGGCAUUAUUCAGUGCAGUAAUCAUUUUUAUAUUGUGGUUUUUUUAUACACUCCACAUUCACUUAGCAACAUUGGCUUUUAUUGAUCUAUAUUAUAUACUAACUCACUCGAUCCCUCCAGAAUCAUUCCUUCACUAUUUUAAAGUCACAGAAUCCACAGCAAUGUUUACACAUGUCUUGUGUAUUUAAAUGACAGUGACUAAGUGCUCAGAUGCAAAACAUUAAUGUAAUGUUAAUGCACUUCUGGAUCCACAGCCUCAGACACUUAAGUUCCAGCUUUGAGAAAUGGAAUGUACUUGUCAAGCUGUUUUUAUUUUUGUUUCAUUUAGUUUUACUAAAAUUUGUAUUUCUUCUGGGUUUAGGGGAAAUAAAAAUGAAUUAGACUUUCUAAUAAACAUGAGCAACUGAUUCAUUUUUUUUCUUGUUUUGAACUGAGAACUAUAUACAAGAAAAAGUUACAAAGAUUUAAAACCAACAUAAGAACCUUCAUCUACCUUCUGUUAUAUUCUCUUAAGCACACGCUGGAGCAGAAAGUGUUCUCCCCGUCUACGCAUAAUGACCAGUUAUGUCUCUGAUUCAUCAGCAACUGAGAUCUGCUGGAAUCGUCUUGGCACAAACAGUUGAGGGUUAUGAUUCAUUUUCUUAUAAGGUCAUGAAAGAAGUCACAAGAAAAAUCCUACUGGUAAAUGAAGCAGAGUCUAAAUGAAAACUGGCCCCGGGCCUCAGGCUGGUUCACCAAAACUCAUCUAUCCCCAACACUGUCACUCUUUACAAAAAUCAUGUAGAAAACAGAGGUUAAAUUAACUUUGAUGAUUUGCAGUAUAGGCUAAAUGAAAUACCCCCCCCCCACACCCUGUACAAUUGUAUGCAUAAUCAAUGCAA